UCAAAAUAAAAACCACUCACGAGGCCCUAGUUUCCAGCUGCUUUCCCUACUUCCUCUUCUAACGAAUUUCUGCGGAUUCCCGCCAGCCCGCAAUGUCCGCGGAAGGGUCCGACGCGGCCGCGGCAGCCGCGCAAGCGGCGCCAGAAUCCUCCGCUCCCGCUCCCGCUGCUGACGUGGAUCAGCUCGCCGGGUCGUUCAAUGGAAUGACAUUGGACGAGCGGUACGCGCUGGUGCGGAGCGUGGGCGAGGAGUGCAUUCAGGAGGACGAGCUGCGGAACCUGCUGCUCAAGAAGAAAGACCCCGUCGCGUACGAUGGCUUCGAACCCUCCGGUCGCAUGCACAUCGCUCAAGGAGUGAUGAAGGCGCUCAAUGUCAACAAGCUCACCCGAUCUGGCUGCAUCUUCAAGUUCUGGGUGGCUGACUGGUUCGCGCAGCUGAACAACAAGAUGGGCGGCGAUCUCAAGAAGAUCCAGACCGUUGGUCGCUACAUGAUGGAGGUGUGGCGCGCAGUGGGUAUGGACCUCACGCGCGUGGAGUUCCUCUGGUCGUCUGAAGAGAUCAACGGGCGGGCCGGGGAGUACUGGCCUCUCGUGAUGGACAUCGCCCGGAAGAACAAGCUUCCCAGGAUCCUCAGGUGCUCGCAGAUCAUGGGGCGCAACGAGACUGACGAGCUGUCGGCAGCUCAGAUCUUCUACCCGUGCAUGCAGUGCGCCGACAUCUUCUUCCUCAAGGCGGACAUCUGCCAGCUGGGCAUGGAUCAGCGCAAGGUGAACGUGUUGGCCAGGGAGUACUGCGACGACAUCAAGAGGAAGAUGAAGCCCAUCAUCCUCUCGCACCACAUGCUGCCCGGGUUGCUGCAAGGGCAGGAGAAGAUGUCAAAGAGUGACCCAAACUCUGCAAUUUUCAUGGAGGACGAGGAGGCGGAGGUGAAUGUGAAGAUCAAGAAGGCUUUCUGUCCGCCAGGGGAGGUGGAGGGGAACCCGUGCAUUGCCUACGUGCAGUACAUCGUGCUGCCCUGGUUCAAGCAGUUUGAGGUGGAGCGCAAGGAGGAGCACGGAGGCAACACCAUCUACACUGAUGCAGAGCAGCUGUGUGCGGACUACAAAGAGGGUAAACUGCACCCAGGCGACCUCAAGUUGGCCCUCUCCAAAGCACUGAACCGGAUCCUCCAGCCUGUGAGAGACCACUUCAAGACAAACCCCGAUGCAAAGAAACUGCUAGCACAAGUGAAGAGCUACAAGAUCACUCGGUAAUAGUCACUUUAUGUCAGUAACUCAUGGUUGGGUCUGAUACAAGCCAUAAGGAAUAGGGUGGAAUGAUUAAAUUGUUAAGUUUAGUGCAACUCCAUGUAAUCAAACUAUGUGCAAGCGUUUUUCCAGUAUCAAGAAGCCAGCCUGAGACAACCAUACAAACUGAUUGGCUCCAAAUUCGCAUGAGGUAGUGAGGAUUCUAACGCUGCUGACAGCAGUAGCAGUGGCAGAAGAAGAGGUAGCAGUGGUACCAAAGCCAGCAGUGCAACCACCAUUGCUACCAGCAGCAGCAGCAGCAGCAGCAGCACUGCACCGGACCUAACGCUGUGCCAUCAGCUGCAGCUGGCGGAGCUUCUCCUGCUGUCGUCGGCUCGA